AAAUGAAGAUACUGUGCAACUUUGUAAGUUCAUCCUUAAUACAUCAUUCUGCCACCAAAGAACUGAAGGGAAACCUUCCAUAACAACGAAACCUAUGGACGUUGAUCUACUAGUUACCAAAAAACCCACCAAUCACGUAUUACAUAACAGUAUUUCAUAGCUAGCCUUCUUACACAUGUAUGUAACUUCCUAGUAGAUGUAUACACCCUGUACAUUGAUCACUGACACUCCAGCAUCCACUGCAACAUCCACUUCAGCAUCCACUGCAACAUCCGCUGCACCAUCCACUCCAGCAUCAUGUUGUUACCGAAAGAACUUCUGCUGAUAUUAUUCCUAGGAGGAGAAAGAACUUUAACAUCCAGCUUUAUGCAGGAGUAUGUGUUUGAUGAGCAGUUCGGACCCCUGACUCAGAUUGCUGUUUACAGCGAGACGGGUGAUGUGUUUGUUGGAGGCCAUAACGUUUUAGCCCAGCUGUCAUCCGACGUAGCCCUCAAGUCCACCCUGUCCAUAGGACCAGUUCUUGAUGGUAUUGACUGUGCGCCGGUCGAUGAAAGCUGCACAAGGACAGAAACGGACAACGAUGUCAGAGUUCUCGAGAUUGACUACGCCAAGAAGCAACUCCUUGUCUGCGGCUCUGUUUAUCAGGGUCUGUGCCAGUUACACAGUUUGAAGAACAUAAUGGUUUACCAGAAAGUUCAGAACAGCAGUCGAAACGGCAUACAGAAUUUCAUUUCAGGCAAGAAAUCGGUUGUGGUAUUCUUUGAUAACACGGAGGAAAAUAAGAUCUAUGUUGGACUAGAGUACGAUGGGCGACUAACGAAUUUCUCGCCACAUGUUUUGUCAGCUCGGAAGAUUUAUCAGAAUGGGAGUGGUUUCUAUGUGCAACUUUAUUACAUGGAUUUAUCAGUUAACGUAGUGUCUGCGAUCGAUGUGAAUGCUAGGUAUAAAUCUACCUUCAAACUAGAAUAUGUGUACGGUUUUGAGUAUAACAAUUACACUUUCUUUGUGACUGUUCAGCAGAAAGAUGUAGAUAAUAGAAAUGAUCUGACGACGAAGAUCGUGAGAAUCUGUCAGGAAGACAGGACCUACCACACCUACAUAGACAGCACGCUGCUGUGUACAGCAGGAAAUGAUGCCUACAGCGUGGCCACUGCCGCUCACUACAGCGUCUCUGGUGGCGAACAUGUUCUGUAUGUGAGCGCGGUACGAACUCGCUCGGGCGUGACGGAGCUGGAUCCAAGUGCAGGCUCAGUGGUGUGUGACUUUAGUAUGGAGAGCAUACAGCUUCAUUUCGAAGAGGUCAUACUGGACUGUCAAGAAGACAUUUCUGGUCGGCGGCCCAAGUGGGUGUAUGGACAAGAGCUUUCAUGUUAUUCUGAAGGGAUUAAUGAGAAUGCGAAUGAUCUACGAUACUGCAGCAUGGCCGGUGGUAGCAUCGAGAGUACCACGAACCUGAAGUUAGAGGCGUUCUACCAUAGCAAACAAGAUGUAAUCACAUCCGUUAUGGAAAUCAUCUCGGAGGGCAAAAAAAUUGUGAUGCUUGGAACAAGUACGGGUCAGCUGCAGAAGGUUUUUGUUUCCGUACCAAAGAAGUACAAGCGUAAUAACCUGUUCAUGAAUGUGAGCGUGUCACACAAUACGAGUGUUAGGAUCUCUAAAGACAUGGACGAACGACCUGAGACAAACAGUCUGUACUUACUGGCUGGAAACAAGGUUGUAAAGUUUGCGACCAACUCAUGUCGUGUGCACCCUGACUGCGACGCCUGUCUGACAAGUCGAGACCCCCUCAAGUGCGGCUGGUGCAAGGGUCAGUGCGUGACUCGGCCGGAGUGUUCACACUACACCGACUGGUUUAACAGUCAAUGUCCACCCUCAGUUUUUACAAUUUCACCAGUAACGGGUCCGACAGCCGGAGGCACCCAACUCACAAUAAAAGGGAAAAACUUUGGCAACCCAGAUAAUGCUGCAGUCAACGUGGUCCACAAAGUGUUCAUCUCCAGCGUUCCCUGUCGAGUGGAGAAAUGGAGUUCAACAUGGUUGAUAUGCAGGACGGGCAAUGCCUCGAAGGAGCUGGUCACAGGAAGUGUGGUUCGUGUGGAAGUUGAAGACAAUUCAUACAGUAAAGACCGGCCGUAUGAUGUGAAAGGUGAUGCCUCCUCCACGCAGCAUUUCACAUUCAAGACCCCAAGUCUAAAAGGAUUUUUCCCAAACAGAGGUCCCAAGUCUGGUGGAACCAAUAUUACAGUGAAGGGAGACAACUUAAAUAUUGGUGGAAGUAUUAUGGUUUCCGUUGCUUAUAACUUCAGUUGUGAAGUGUUCAGUACGUCCAGUGAAGAAAUAAACUGCACAACACAGACGUGGUCUGCGAAAUCGGGUCCUAUAUCGACACGCAACAAAAGGUUCGCGGACAGAGCUCUGGGGCAGGGUCCAUUGCAGGUGACAAUUGAUGGGGAGAGUUUGAGGCUGAAUACGGGUGGAGCAUUCUACUACCUGCCUGACCCUGAAAUCACGGCAGUAGCCCCGCGACGAGCUUUCGUCAGUGGUGGAAGAAAGAUUACCAUUACUGGAAAAAACCUGGAUUCUGUGGCUCGUCCCUACCUUGGAGGGAGAAAUGUUGGAAAGGAAGAAAUAAAAAGAUUGGAGCCAUGUGAGGUAGCGACAGGGGGUCUCUCCAUGGUGUGCCCAGCUGUGAAUGUGACUGGACGGCUGUCAAGAACACCAACGGACACGAGACCGACAUCAAUUAACAUCUUCUUCGUGAUGGAUGGCGUGACGGCGCUGCGCAACUUCCAUGUGACGCACAGGUCACUGAGCAGCUUCGUGUACUACCCCGACCCCAGCUUUAGCCACUUCCUGGGGGAAGGCAACAUCCUCUUCUUCGAUCUGGCUGACGAGCAUCUGGAGCUUCUGGGAGAAAACCUUGACCUGGGAUUGCAGCACCAUGACUACAAUGUCACCAUUGGCAACUCGCUUUGUAACAUCACAGAAAUAAAGUCCACCACUCUGAGAUGCAUGCCACUGAACAAACCAGACACAGUCUCUGAUAAUGAACCAGACAGAGAUGUCCGGGUGCACGUUGGCUAUCUACACUUCCAAAUCGGCUAUCUCCGCUACACGGCUGUCUCGUCGGCAGGUGUCUCCAUCAGCAUCAUCGCACUGAUCACUGUCAUCAUCAUUGUCUGCAUCGCCAUGGUGAUACUGCUGGUGGUGAUGAAGCGACAACGAGUUGGCUUCUUCAAACCGAAGCUGGAUGACCAACACAGGGUGGAAUACACACAGGGAAUCCUGGAGACGGGCCGGCCAGGAGAGCGCCUGUACAACAUAGAAAACAGACAGAACGCUUAUGCGGAGCAAGGAGUUGUAUCCCAGCCCGAGCAGUUUACAUCGAUCGUGGACGACGACACGCUCGCUCUCAUACGAAACGAAAACCUACUGAUUGAUCGGGAAUGUCUCACGCUAGGAGAAAUUAUUGGUCGAGGUCAUUUUGGUUGUGUUAAUCGUGCAUUUCUGACUCUGCCAGAAGAGAAGGGUGAUCUGAUGGUUGCAGUGAAAACUUUGCAUCAGGACAACCCGCGGGAGAUCGAGCUGCAGGCGUUCCUCCAGGAGGCGCUCAUCAUGAAAGAUUUCCACCACCUGAAUGUCCUCGAGCUCAUCGGAAUCUGUCUCGGUCUCGACAGCAUGCCACUGGUCGUCCUGCCCUUCAUGAAGCAUGGGGACCUCCUCACCUACAUCCGCGAUGAGAAGAACAACCCCACAAUUAAGGAUCUAAUAAUAUUUGGUAUAGACAUUGCUAAAGGUAUGGCAUAUCUUUCAAGCAUCAAGUUCAUCCAUCGAGAUCUGGCAGCCCGAAAUUGCAUGCUGGACGAUGAUUUCUGUGUGAAGGUUGCCGACUUCGGCCUGGCACGUGACAUCUACGAGAAGGAGUACUACAGCUCGGACAACAAGAAGACGAAGCUGCCUGUCAAGUGGAUGGCCCUGGAGAGUCUCGAGAAGGGAACAUACACUGCCAAGUCUGAUGUGUGGUCUUUUGGUAUUGUCUUGUGGGAGUUGAUGACUCGGGGAGUGAACCCGUACCCAGAUGUCGACAACUGGGAUGUGAUUCGCUAUCUGAAGGCGGGACGCAGGAUGCCGCAGCCUCAAUACUGCCCUGAUCCACUGUACGAGAUCAUGCACAAAUGCUGGCGAGGCGUAGGUAGCGAUCGCCCCACGUUCGCGGAUCUCGUCUCAGAGAUGGAGAACAUCAUCAAGGAAGUGAAGCACAAGACCGGACCCCAGCGAUGUGACAUCGUCAACACCUACGUGAACGUCGACAUGAGCUCACAGUGUCACUACGCCGACGACUUCAAACCAGCAGCUUUGGCCACAGAGGAAACAAAGUUAUUAACCGUAGAAGCAUCACCAGCAGUGCAGGCAUCUCCUGAAGGGAACAGCCAUGAUGAAACCGUGCCAUUUAUCUCACCCGAGUCCAUUGAAACAGUAGCAUAAGAGAGAAAUGGAUAUAGUGGCAUAGGUAACCUCUUGUAAUAUUGGUAUAGCCACCUUGAUGAAAUAUGUCAUAGGUGAUGUUUUGAAAUACAGAUAAUUGGUGAUGUAAUGAAACAUUGGUAUAGCCAACAUGCUGAAUUUUGACAUAUGUGAUGUUUUGAAAUACAGAUAAUUGGUAACUUAAUGAAAUAUUGGUAUAGCCAGCAUGCUGGAUUUUUUAAUUUAUUUAGAAUUUUGACAUACAGGUAGGUAAUGUUUUGAAAUACAGAUAAUUGGUGACAUAAUGAAAUAUUGGUGGAACCAACUUGCUGCAACAAACACGUGUGCAGGAAUUUUAGAAGUGGGAGUCUAGACUGAUGAGUAAAGUUAAAGGAGGGUCGUGUCAUGCUCCCCAGAAAAUAUAUUGAAAAAAAGAAGACAAAAUGUACUUGAACAGAGGAGGGUUUCAACCCAUAACCCUCCCGCUGCAUAUAUACACCUUUGCAAUAUGACCCAGCUAACGUUUUGAAAUAUAGAUAUUGGUGACCUAAUUAAGUAUUAACAGUUUUAAAGGCAGCGUUACUCGGAUUGCAAGUUUUGUGUUUAAUACUGGAUCAUAAAGGGAAAAUAUAUUCUCUUGGCAUACUAAACAUCGAUAAUAGCAAAGCCAAAUAUGUUUUUCUUCAUCUUCAUGUAUGGCAGAGACAGUUUUAUCAUUGAUAAAAUGUACGUUUGACAUGUAAAUGUUAAAACACUGUGUCGAAACAUGUAAUUAUCAUUGAUAAAAUGUACGUUUGACAUGUAAAUGUUAAAACACUGUGUCGAAACAUGUAAUCAACUGUGCCUUACCGUAAAGUGAAAAACCUGUAUUUUAAUAUUAUCACUUUUCUCUUUCUUUUCAACCGUCCUCAUUCUGUCUUGAGCCAGAAAUCUGGUGCUCAUUCUCAGGAUUGAUGUUGCUGUACAUGUAAGGGCACAAUGAUAGAUACGUUUUACAUCCUGUUGAUAUUGAUGUGCUUUCAUAUACUUCAUGUGGAUGUACGUUUGAGAAUGAUUGCCUUGUAGUUAUGCAGUUGAAGGUGGUAUAAUGAGGUACCAGUAUAUACAUGGAUGUUUUUUUUUUAAUUACAUGAAUUAAAUUCUGUGAGUUGAGUUGUCAUGUUAUCUGCCCAUUUGUCCAUAUACAUUAAUUUUGUUUCAUUUAGAGCAGAAUCAGAUGUAUUGACAUUUCCUGGUGGCUGUUUAUGCAGUUUUCACAUUUGUAUUUUAUUUUGUUUUAUGUUCGAAUAGAUAUAAUAAACAAUCCUUUUAAUGGCAUUUUAUAAGUAAAUUUUAAAAUAAUAUACCUCCAUGACCAAUAAUCAUGUUUUUCAUUGGAGGCUGUUUGUUCACUCUCUAACUUUUAAAAAUGUACUGGUUGCCAGUUUGUUUUAACAAGCCUGCAUAAGGUGCAUAUUUUGUUUUUAAUUAGUUUUUUUACUUGACAAAUGAUAUUGUAGAAAAUACAA